ACCUCUUGCUCUAUUCUCUGAAAUAAAGUUCUGUGGUUUUUUCGGUCAUUCAUUCUUUCUCUGUCAAAAUGGCUGCCGUGCCGGAGGCAAGACGUGAACCCAUACAAGCCGUCCAAGUUUUCGGACGCAAGAAAACCGCCACAGCAGUAGCGUACUGCAAGCGUGGCCAUGGAGUGCUGCGAGUCAACGGUCGCCCGCUCGACCUGGUGGAGCCCCGUCUGCUGCAGUACAAACUGCAGGAACCUAUCCUCCUGCUCGGCAAGGAAAAGUUCUCAGGUGUUGACAUUAGGGUGACAGUCAAGGGUGGUGGUCAUGUUGCACAAGUUUACGCCAUCAGACAAGCCAUCUCCAAGGCCCUGAUUGCCUUCUACCAGAAAUAUGUAGACGAGGCUUCAAAGAAGGAGAUCAAGGACAUCCUCGUCCAAUACGACAGGAGUUUGCUGGUUGCGGAUCCUCGUCGUUGCGAGCCCAAGAAGUUCGGCGGUCCGGGCGCCCGCGCCAGAUACCAGAAAUCUUACCGUUAAGCCUCUGUCUACAAGCGUCGGGUGGUAUCGCCUCGGUUUUUACAGUCGUUGCGAUAUCAUUCGGUGUUUUUAAGAAUAAAAAGUAAAAAAAAUA